AAGGCUGCUCUUUGCCAAGCCCUUCCUUCAAGAUUCCAUUGGACUUUUGGACUUUUUCUUCUUGGCUCGUUGACAAGGCUGAAUACAAUUUCCGUAUCGUUUUUUUCACCUUUGUUGAAUCUGAUUUCACACAUCAAUCACCAAUUGUCAUAUCACCAACCUCACAUCUCAUAAUUUGAGAAAACUCUUACCGCAUCAAAAUGGCAAUUCGAGGUCGCGGUGGUGACCGUGGAGGAGGAGGAAGAGGAGGAGGAGGUCGUGGAAGAGGUGGUGCAGGAGGUUUCAGAGGCAGAGGAGGAUCCAGGGGAGGGGGCUCCAGAGGAGGCGCCAGAGGAGCUUCGAGAGGGCGCGGCAGGGGAAGUUCGAGGGGUGGUGCCAGAGGAGGUUUCGGCCCUCGCUCAUCCAAGUUCAACGACGCCCGACUUGCCGACAAGGACGAAGAGGAAGAUGAGGAAGAGGACAUCUCUGAAGAGGAAUCCAAUGUUUCUGAGGAUGAGAUUGAGGAAUCAGAAGAGGAGGAUGAGGAGGAGGAUGCCCAGUCUGGUCAGCCAUACAUGAGUCUUCUGAAGAGCUUCCAGAGUGCAACCAAGACGAAAAAGAGGAAGUUGGAUCACCCGGAGGAGGAAGGUCCGAACAAAGUUACCAAGACGAAAGACGACGAUAACAGCGACGACGAAGACAAUGAGAAGGUGACGGAGGACGUGGAUGCAGUUGACGAGCCAGAGGAAGAUCCCCAGGAUGCACCAUUAGAGGACCUGUUCGACGAAGAUGACGACCUCGACGACUCAGACCCCUUCGAAACUCACUUUACUGCCCCAGACGAGGCGACAUUUCAGGCUAGGAUAAAGGCUAUUCAGGCGAACAAGUGGAGGACCGACAGGAUAGCAAAAAACUCCAACAGGAUAUACUACAACACCCCAGAGACAGGCGACUCAGCUGAGCAGAAACUUCCCCAUUCCAUUUCUGGAGUUGGCGAUCUUAAGCUCAAGCAACGAUUAGCCGAAUCGAUGGCUAAGCACACCGAGUUCGACGAAGCUGAGAAGGCAGUAGCACCUCUUCUCUUCAACUAUCAAGACAUGCUUUACUGCAACCGGUCAGUGGCAUCGUCUGAGAGCAUAAGGCGGAUGGCGUGUCUGCAUGCGCUCAACCAUGUUUUCAAGACUCGUGACCGUGUAAUCAAGAACAACACCAAGUUGCAAAGAGACGACACCCUUGAGCUUAGAGACCAGGGCUUUACCCGCCCCAAGGUCUUGAUGAUUCUCCCUACCCGCCAGUCAUGCGUCAAAAUGGUCGAAAUGAUCUGCAAGGUCGCCGCUCCUGAGCAACAAGAAAACCGCAAGCGUUUCGACGAUGGCUAUGUCGACAAGUCCACCAAGUUCUCUGACGACAAACCCGAAGACUUCCGCGACCUCUUCGCCGGCAACGACGACGACAUGUUCCGCCUCGGUAUGAAGUUCACUCGCAAGACCAUCAAGUACUUCUCGCAGUUCUACAACUCGGACAUCAUCUUUGCCUCCCCUCUCGGUCUGCGCAUGGCCAUCGGUUCCGAGGAAGAGAAGAAGAAGCUCGACUACGACUUCCUCUCGUCCAUCGAGCUCGUCAUUGUCGACCAGGCCGACGCCCUGCUCAUGCAGAACUGGGAGCACGUCGAGUUCAUCUUUGAGCACCUCAACCUCCAGCCCCGCGACGCCCACGGCUGCGACUUCUCCCGCGUGCGCUCCUGGUACCUCGACGACCAAGCCAAGUACUUCCGGCAGACGGUGAUUUUCAGCGCCUUCAACACGCCCGAGCUGGCCGAGUUGCAGCGUCUUUACUGCCACAACUGGGCAGGCAAAGCCCGGCUGCAAGCCGAAUACCCAGGCGUGAUCCAGUACCUGGGCGUCAAGACGCGCCAGACCUUUAGCCGGUUCGAUGCGGCCUCCAUUGCUGCCGACCCGGACGCCCGCUUCGCCUACUUCACCAAGGCCAUCGUGCCGACGCUGGUCAAGCGGGCCGCCAAGGACGCGGCGGGAACGCUCAUCUUCAUCCCCUCGUACCUCGACUUUGUGCGGGUGCGCAACUACUUUGCCAAUAACCCGGCCGUCGAGAGCGUCACGUUCGGCAACAUCUCCGAGUACGCCGACACACCCGAAGCGUCGCGCGCGCGCUCGCAUUUCCUGACGGGCCGCCACCGCGUGCUGCUGUACACGGAGCGCGCCCACCACUUUAGGCGGUACGCCAUCAAGGGCGUCAAGCGCGUCAUCUUUUAUGGCUUGCCGGAUAACCCCAUCUUCUACAGGGAGAUUGCGGGCGGGUACCUGCAGAAGAGCGAGCAGGCGCUGAUGCUAGAGCACGGGCAGGGGCACGUCAAGGUCAUGUUCAGCAAGUAUGAUAUUAUGAAGCUGGAGAGGAUCGUGGGGACCAAGAGGGCGGGCAAGAUGAUUACGGAGCAGGGCGAUACUUUUGAUUUUGUGUAAAAAGGUCCAGUCAGUCGUAUGGUAUGUAUGUAUAAAGGCGUCGGAUAAUCAAAACUGCCAAGGGGAUUGGGUUUACAUAAUGGAUUGAAAAAGUUGGUUGCAUAGUUGUUAAAAU